ACCGCACCGGGCUGAGGAGGCAGUUGAUGAGCAGACCAGACAAACAAGCUCCUCUCCGACCAGAAACGACCACGCAGCGUGCCGGAGCCGCAGAGACCAUGACGACCGGCGGCACAUCGAGGAGUGAAGAUUCACCUGCAGACCAGACGACCGAGUGAAGAGGCGGGAUGGCGGGGGGUCGGAGGGGACUUGUGGCCCCUCAGAAUACUUUUUUGGAGAAUAUUGUCAGACGGUCGAACGUUUGGACACUGUCACAUAGACAGACAGAUACCAACUUUGUCCUGGGAAACGCCCAGAUAGUAGACUGGCCCAUCGUCUACAGCAAUGAUGGUUUCUGCAAGUUGUCGGGGUACCACAGAGCAGAAGUGAUGCAGAAAAGCAGCACCUGCAGCUUCAUGUACGGGGAGCUCACGGACAAGGACACAACGGAAAAAGUGCGACUAACAUUCGAGAAUUAUGAGAUGAAUUCGUUUGAAAUACUGAUGUACAAGAAAAACCGGACACCUGUUUGGUUCUUUGUGAAGAUUGCUCCCAUUCGAAACGAACAAGAGAAAGUGGUCCUGUUUCUUUGCACAUUCAGUGACAUCACAGCCUUUAAACAGCCCAUUGAAGACGAUUCCUCUAAAGGCUGGGGAAAGUUUGCCCGACUGACUCGAGCUCUAACAAGCAGUAGAGGAGUCAUACAACAGCUGCAGCCCACAGUUCACAAAGGAGAGAAUGUCCACAAGCACUCCCGCUUAGCUGAGGUACUGCAGCUCGGCUCAGAUAUCCUACCUCAGUACAAACAGGAGACCCCCAAAACCCCUCCUCACAUCAUCCUGCACUACUGCCUCUUCAAGACCACGUGGGACUGGGUCAUCCUCAUCCUCACCUUCUACACGGCCAUCAUGGUUCCCUACAACGUCUCCUUCAAGACGAAGCAGAACAACGUGACGUGGCUGGUGGUGGACAGCAUCGUGGACGUCAUCUUCCUGGUGGACAUCGUUUUGAACUUCCACACCACGUUCGUCGGACCCGCCGGCGAGGUCAUCUCAGACCCCAAACUGAUCCGAAUGAACUACCUGAAGACCUGGUUUGUUAUCGACCUGCUGUCCUGCCUGCCGUACGACGUCAUCAACGCCUUCGAGAAUGUAGAUGAGGGGAUCAGCAGUCUGUUCAGCUCGCUUAAGGUGGUCCGGCUUCUCCGUCUGGGUCGGGUUGCCCGUAAACUGGAUCACUACAUUGAGUACGGGGCGGCUGUGCUGGUCCUGCUGGUGUGUGUUUUUGGACUGGCCGCUCACUGGCUGGCAUGCAUUUGGUUCAGCAUCGGUGAUUACGAGGUUAUCAAUGAAGAAACCAACUUCGUGCGCACGGACAGCUGGCUCUACAUCCUGGCCGAGACGUACGGCACACCGUACCGCUUCAACGACAGCGGUUUAGGGAAGUGGGAGGGCGGGCCGAACAAAGACUCGGUCUACAUCACCUCGCUGUACUUCACCAUGACCAGCCUGACGAGCAUCGGCUUCGGUAACAUCGCCCCGACCACAGAUGGAGAGAAAAUCUUUGCAGUGGCCAUGAUGAUGAUUGGAUCUCUUCUUUACGCCACCAUCUUUGGUAAUGUGACGACAAUCUUCCAGCAGAUGUACGCCAACACCAAUCGUUACCAUGAGAUGAUUAACAGCGUCCGAGACUUCCUCAAGCUCUACCAGGUGCCAAAGGGCCUGAGUGAAAGAGUUAUGGACUACAUCGCCUCCACCUGGUCCAUGUCGCGGGGAAUAGACACUGAAAAGGUGUUGCAGAUUUGUCCGAAGGACAUGAGAGCAGACAUCUGUGUUCAUCUCAACCGGAAGGUGUUCAAAGAGCACCCGGCUUUCCGGCUGGCCAGCGAUGGGUGUCUCAGAGCGCUGGCCAUGGAGUUUCAGACCAUCCACUGUGCCCCCGGCGACCUGAUCUACCACGCUGGUGAAAGCGUGGACAGCCUCUGCUUUGUGGUGUCGGGAUCGCUGGAGGUCAUCCAGGAUGACGAGGUGGUGGCCAUUUUAGGUAAGGGAGACGUAUUUGGGGAUGUUUUCUGGAAAGAAGUGACUCUCGCUCAAGCCUGCGCCAACGUCCGAGCUCUGACCUACUGCGACCUCCACGUCAUUAAACGAGACGCCCUGCAGAAGGUGCUGGAGUUCUACACGGCGUUUUCCAACCACUUCUCAAGGAAUCUGCUGCUCACUUACAACCUGCGGAAAAGGAUCGUCUUCCGAAAGAUCAGUGAUGUGAAACGAGAGGAAGAGGAGCGACAGAGACGUAAGAAUGAAGCCCCUUUGAACUUGCCACCGGAUCACCCGGUGCGAAAACUCUUCCAACGCUUCCGACAGCAGAAGGAAGCCCGCCUGGUGCCCGAAAAGCCAGAACUAGAUGAUCACGAUAUCGAGAAGGGCCCUGUGUACGUGGACAUCCCGAUAGCUAAAGCGGCCAUCACAACUACCAGCAUCGUCACAGUGACGGAAAGCCCAGCAACACCCUCUUCUUCAACGCCUGCAUCUUCGACACCCCCCAACUGUCCUCCCUCAGACAAGGCGAAGCUGCAGGUACCAGUACCCGUUUCUCUGAUAGGAGGCCGCGCUAAUGAACCAGUCAAAAUCAAAGGCUGGGGUCUCUUCAAGGAGUCCGUGGCCAAAGCCGACAACUGGAACAAAGUGUCCAAAGCUGAAUCCAUGGAGACUUUACCGGAACGGACCAAGGCGCACGAGUCACAGAUGUCUCUAAAGAAGACAGACUCAUGUGACAGCGGUAUCACUAAAAGUGACCUGCGCCUGGACAAAGUGGGCGAAUUCCGCUUGACGCCCCAGGACCGCAGUCCCGUCCAGCCUCCGGAGACCAGGCACACCUUCUACCCCAUCCCGGAGCAAACGCUUCAGGCGUCGCUCCAGGAGCUCAAGCUGGAGCUGAAGGACGAUCUCAAGAGCCUGGAUGACCGGAUGUCCGGUCUGGAGGCGCAACUCACAGAGGCACUUCAACUCCUCAAGGCGAGGAGAUCAAGUGCUGGCUCUCCGCAGCCGCUUUUUGACAUUUCUAGACCUGCGUCACCAGAGCUGGACAAAGAGGACAUCUUCUCUUGAGGUAUGGAAGGUUAACUCGUCAAUAUAACUGUGCACUCUGCAGAAAUGCAGGAAUCCAGUAAUAUCCAUAUUACUUGGAUAGCUGAGGCUGCAUCGGGCACACCUUUUGGAUUAGCAACAGCGUGGUCUUAAAGACGCACCGGCCUUUGUCACAGGGGUGUACCUGUCGCUUAGCAGAGGAAACGUCGAGGUCGUAGCCCAGAUUUUGCUGUCAUAACACUGAACACUCGGAGGUUAAGAAAACACUGACAGCUCCAUGUUUGUACAUAAGUUUGAUUUAUUUUUCCAUCGCACUUUAAUGGAAAAAUAGCUCGAGUGGUUAGAUUUUCAUCUCGAUUUUAGAGAGUGUUAUAACAGAAGAACAUAGUUGUAUCUCUGUUGGGAAGAGAAUAGAAACCGCAUGACCCACUGGUUUGUGAUGAAUCAUUUGAAUGAGAUUCUUUGCAUGUCACAUAAAAUAGACGUGUGCCUCAAAUUGCAGAUUGUGCAUAUUUGAUUGAUUGAGGCCACGCGGCGAUGUCAUUUGCAUUAUUUCACCAUGACGGUGGGAAAGGACAGAUGUUGACACAGUCUCAGUCAUUUCCUUCAAGGAAUUGAUGAACUGUUCUUAUUAUAUCAACUGCCAGGAUCAUUAUGAAUUAUACAACUCUGGCCAAGCAAUCAGAUUUUCAAAGACAUUUUUCAGCAGAGCUUAUAAUUCCCAUAAACCAUGGAGAGAUGGGCUUGAUGAAAAGGCAGCAGUGAGCAAGUUAUCCAUCUUUCUGGAUAUCUAGUAUUUGUUCUACACAAACGCUACAACCACACAUGAUACAUGUAAAUGAUACAUCAUGUAUGAGAGCGAUGCAUUUUUAGCUUUGGUGAUGCAUAAUUCAGUGAUGCAUAACUAGGUGAUGCAGAUGGUAUGAUAGUGGCUGUGCCCCUUGCAUUAUUUUAAAAUUGUCAAGAACAUAGUGAUGAAUUCCGUUUUGCACAAUAUUUCUAAAAAUGAAAUGUAUUCAUAAUUAAAAUUUUAAAAAAAAAAGUGCAGAGUUGUUCAUGUAAACAGACCCAGAUAGUCACUGGAACUUGUUUUAGUGAUGAAUUUCGCCUUUACUGGCCACUGAGGUACAUUUUUAUAUAACAGCAGAUAGCAUGCAUGAUUUAAUGUUUCUGUGAUAGCAUUCACUGGAGAAAAAAAACAUGACACCAGAUACAAGUUGACUAUUAAUAAGGGACACAAAUCAAAAAUGAUCAGGCGAAGAACAAGCGAUCGCUUUUACAAUCAACACUUGAAAUGAUGACGGCACUUGCAAAUGGCAUGGUAGUACAAAAUGUAAAAUGUGCUUUAUUUAAAGGAACACUUCACCCUCAAAAUGAUUAUUUGUGUAUCAAUUACUCACCCAGUGUUACCUUGAAUUUGUGAAGAAAAAAUUCUCGCAUCCCUUUCCGGUUAACAAAGAAGCCAAAAACUUGAUUUAAACAAUAUAAUGGUAAUUGGGUAAUAUUAAUUGCAAAACAAUGUUGAAAUACAUCAGACAGUAAGUUUGUUAAAUGUCAUAACUUUCUCUUUAAAUUAUAAUUUUUAUUUUUUUUACAUUUUAACAUAAUUUCAAUUUUAACAAAAAGGAAAACACAAUUUACAGACCAGCGAACAAAAACAGAACGAUUUUAGAUGAGUUGUUCCAGAUCAACAAUCCGUCUUGCCUGUACUGUAUGGCAACAUUGUUUGACUGAUGGAAGGAUUCCUCCUAAAUUAUAUUGUUAACCGAAAUAAAUCGAUGUAAAUAAAUUGGUACUAUAUUGGAAAGACAACAGAGAAUAGGCAUCAGUAUGGGGGAUAGUGAGAAGACAGUGUAGAGACAAAUGUGCUUUUGAGCAUUUCUGUGGGAACUGAAAUCAAUCAUUACAGAACCCAAAUAAGUCCACAGAAAAAGAUGCAUCAGAUGAAGCAGAGAGUUCUGUCAUCAAGCAAUAAUUAUGCAUAUUUAGCUGUUGCAGUAGAAAUUUUAAAUCAGUUGAGGCUCUUAAAAAACUAUGAAUAAUGGAAGAAAGUCAGUAAAUAUGACUAAUUUUUGAACCCAUCAAAGGUUGUUUUCUUUUUGCCAGUGUUAUGAAAUCCAGAAUAAAAUCAUUGCUAGUCAUAGUCAGGAUCUUAAGUAUACAGUCUUUUACAUGGCACAAAAAUAACCAUCGUUCUAUAUAAUUUAUUGUUCAUAUGGAUAAUUUAUGUUCACCACAUGCCUUUUUUCUUAUCAAGACAAAAGACGAGCUGAGACAGACACGGCCGAGAGGGAAAAGACGCUGAGUUUUUCUCCCAACACAUUCUGUGGCUCCAUUUUCAUCAAAAAUUCAGCUCACUUAAAAAUGAAUGGGCAUGUCAUCACAGAAGUGAGAAGUCAUUUUGUUUACAGCCAGUGGUUGUGGGUCUUUAUGGGUUUGCUUUUA